CAAGAAAAAGGAAAGAAACAACCUAACCCUAACCAAACCUAAUAGGGUUCGCGUGAGCUCGCGGUGACGUUUAAUCGGACCCUCGCUCGUCCAUAGACAACGACGCGCCGCGCACCUUGAGCAUAGAAAAUCUUUCCAUUUUUAUUUUCCAGCGUUGUUACAAUAUUUAUCCCUUCUAAAAUUAACUAAAAUUUGAAAAACACUAGAAAAUAUAUAUAUUUUAAAAUAAAAAAAACUCUAUUUUCCUCGCUUCCUCUCUCUCUCUCUCUCUCUCUCUCUCUCUCAUUUAUCCAUUCUGAGUUCGCCGACAACCGCCAUAUCUCAGCUGUUCGAACGCUCUGCAAUCUCCCCUGCUUUUCCACAGGUAGGGCCAAAGGGGAGUAACGUGGGUGGGUUGAAUGAUGGUAAUUUACGAAAAGGUAGAUUUGUAGUGACUACAAUUAUUGAAAUCAGAUGUAACGCCAAUAGGCAUAUAAGAUUAAUUAUCCACGUGUGACAAGAACAAGAGCAUAAGUGUUGUCUUUGGAAGGGUUUCAUUUAGCUCAUAUUUUCCUUGAGGUGCAGGGUCAAAGUUUAUCAAAAGAAAGUUACUAGUUUUAUAAGGCAAUAGCUACAUGACUUGGAGGGUCUAAUUGAUAACUUUAAUUUACUGGAGUAGUGUCUAAUAAGAGGUGCCAUGCUCAUCUGAGAACAGAAAUUAGUGUACUGAUUUCUCAUGAGGGAAUCAUUGUGACAUGAGUCCUUGUCCUGCUGCACUGUCAGAAUAUCUGUAUGCUUCAUGAUUGUAUGUCAUUAGGUCUUGGAUAGACAGGUAUUGCCUUGUAGAAAUGGGGGAGAAAAAGUGGCGUGGAGCAAGCGUUUCAUUGUAAAUUUAGAAGCUUUAGCAGGAACAUUUAUUGACUUAGUUGGCGUUUGUUUUUCUAAUGGAGAGUUAGACUCGUUUGCUGAACAGAACCAGUUGUUACCAUUUUAGGCUUUACGUUUUGGUGGAGUUGGUAUGUGGACGUUACUUUGGAAGUUAUUUGAAAAGUACUUCUUUUCUUUUGGAAUGUUGGGUUCUAUAAGGAAAAUUCUGUAGAAGGAAAGUGUUUUUUUGGUAAAAGAAAAUUUGAGGUUAUCCUGGUAACGCUUUAAAUUUCGACCACUAUACUAUUUCCCCUGCAAUAUCAAGUAUCUUACUUCUGCGGCUGGCUUUGAUUCCGAUGUUCGCUCUUCCAAAUAGCUGAUUGUGUAGCAGCAGGAAUACUGAUAAGUUAUUCCACUUAACCCAGAAGAUCUGUCCGUAACUCAGCUGCAUAUCUUUUCAUAUUGUUUCUGGUUGAACCGCUUCAUGUUGCAACUUUAAGUUUGAGAGUCUCUGUCGCUUAAGCAGUGCAAAGCUGUUGUUUGAUCUACUGCAGUGAAUGCAGUGAACCCUUUUGAGUACAAGAUAAGCAGAGUAUACAAUUUAUACUACGACAAGCUCUACAUAAUUAACUUUCUUGGUGUUUCAACUACUUUCAAAUGUCAGAGGUUGAUAUGGCAGUCAUUAAACCCGAGAUGAUGAAGUCUUAUAUUUGGCUUCAAACUGCUGAUGGCUCAAUCCAACAAGUGGAACAAGAGGUUGCAAUGUUUUGCCCCAUGAUCUGUCAUGAAGUGAUACAAAAGGGCAUGGGAUCCUCCAAGAAUUAUGCUAUAUCUCUUCCUCAGCGAGUCAAUCCUGCUAUGUUAAGCCUAAUUCUUGAUUAUUGCCGAUUUCAUCAAGUGCCUGGUCGCUCUAACAAGGAGCGCAAGUCUUUUGACGAAAAGUUUAUUCGAAUGGACACAAAGAGGCUCUGUGAGUUGACGUCUGCUGCUGAUAGCCUUCAGUUAAAGCCUCUAGUUGAUCUUACUAGUCGUGCCCUUGCACGAAUAAUUGAGGGGAAAACCCCUGAGGAGAUACGUGAGAUAUUUCAUUUGCCUGAUGAUCUUACUGAGGAAGAAAAAUUGGAGCCUUUGAAAAACACAACUGAUGACCCACGCAUUCGACUGUUGAAUAGAUUGUAUGCAAAAAAGAGGAAGGAACUGAAAGAGAGAGAGAAACUAAAGAAUGUUGAGGCUGAAGAAGAGCGUGUGGACGAUCGUUCAGUUGAUGACCUCUUGUCGUUUAUAAAUGGAGACAAUGGAGAUUCUAAAGGGAUUAAAACUUCAAAGAGUAAAAAGAAGAACCGAAGAAGAAAAGAUCAGCAGAAGAGCACGUCUGCCAAUGAAGCCAAUAAAAACCAUAGUGAGGAGUCAAAUGGUCUUAACUCUGUAUGCCAUAGUUCUGAAGUUGAUCAGAAAAUUCAGCCCAGUAUUGGUGCUACCUCAAACUUACAGGAUGUUGAAGAUGAUAUUUUUGCUAAUAAGAAUGAGUUUGAUGAUGGUGAUAUUGAUGAUGAGAUUGAUCCGGCAUUGAAGGAAAAAAUAGACAGGGAGGUGGAAGAUUUUGCCCGUAGAUUGAAUUCCGAUUGGCCAGAAAGAAUGCAAGAGAUUCUCUCUUUGGGUCAAGAAAGGAAAGCAGUGCAUUUUCCGCUUAAUGGCAAUGGUUCGAUCAGGAGCAGAGAUGAUUUCAAAGUGAGGAUACUUCCUUAGCUCAGCUCAGAGCCUGGACAAUUUUGAUCAGAUGCUUUUCAGGUGGUUGAAAAAGGGCACCUAGAAGGGUUGGGAUCCUCGUCAUUGUGGAUCCCUUGUAAGUUUUUAACUUCUUAUUUUUUAAUUUUUUUUUCUUUGUUGUGCUUAGUCAGGAUGCAAUUUUGAUUGAGAGGGCAACCUCUUUGUAUUUUGAUAAUAGAAAGAAAUAAGAAGGGAACUGUGUUUGUUGAGCCAGUUCUGGUCAAUUACUUUCACAAGUCCAAUAUUCGCCCUAAUGAUUCAGGUUAUUAUGGCCUUUUACGUUA